AACCGACCAGCCUCCUAUUUCCUCAACCUCCGGCUUCACCCAGUGUCCAAACUAGGAAAGAAUGGCAUCGUUUUGCAGGUCAGCAAUAAUGGCUGGCUCAAGAACCCUAGCUUCUCGAUCCAAAACCCUGUCGUUAAAGACCCUAUCCCCAAUCCCCAUGUCUUCUCCAUCAACAAGAGCCCUCCCUCGCGCUUCAAGGAUUGUGUCGGCGUUGGGAGGGUUAGAAUCGAUGAUGCCGCUUCACAGUGCCAUCGCAUCUGCUCGGCUACAAUCAAUCAUCGCCCUCGAUUCAUCCUGUUGGAGCUGCCUCUCUCAAGGACUUGCAACUCCUUUGUGACAGAGCUGGAUCCUUUAUGGAACAAUGAAGAGUAGGGCCUUUGGUUUAGAAAUUUGUGGGGAGAGUGAAACUUUGUCAGCUUCAAUUUGAGUGUUGAAAAAUGAGAUGAUCAUUUACGUUUGCUAAUUCAAACAUUUGCAACAUAUUUUGGGCAUUCUUCUUUCUGUUGAUGUAAUCUGAUUUUAGACCUUUUUAUAUGCUUUGGAGGAUUCACUGUACAA